UUUUCGGAUCUCUUCUUGAUGUAAUAAUUUGGAAGAAAGCCAGCCAGUCGGGAGCAUGGGGUUCAAUAGGGUAGUCAUGAACAUAUCGGCCAAAUUGCCAAUGACGGUUUGGCGUAUGUGAAGAUGCCUAUAGCAGGCAACAAAAUCACAUGCAAGAUAGCAUUGAAUCAGCCUGAAAACCAGUCAACAAGAAACACCCAUUUUCGAGAUUUUGCUUAAUAAUAGAAAGAAGAAAGUAGCUGUUACAGAAACGAGUAUACACUUAAUUGAAACGCUGAUUAAAGAAUUUGAAAAAUGUGAUGUAGGGCAUUGGGUUUAACAAUUUCUAGACGAUAAACCCAUUGGUAAGGAUGUCUUCCCUCAAACUGCAAUCUAUAUUCCUGUUCCAGCUUCCUUCAUAUUGCAGUCCUAGUGCAAAACCCAAAAACCUGAUACACAAUACUAGGUUUCUGCAUUUGGGUCGCCCCCUAGGAUUCACUUAUGCGCACCCAUUGCUUGGGAAUAACGAUAGGCAAGUAGUUAACUGCAGGGCAUGGAGAGCGAAGAAACAAUCUGAUGAGAGCACAGCGGGGCCUGUUGAGAAAGGCAAAGAGGCAGGGAAGAAGGUGAAUGGUAGAGAGGAGGAAGAAUACAUAGAAGAAGAGGUGGAGUUGACAUGGAUACAGGAGAAGGCAGAGGAUCUUGUUGAGUACACGGGAACAGUCAUACAGGCUAUCCCUGGACCCAGAGUGAAAAAAACUUCAUUGCCAUGGUUACUAGCGGUGCCAUUGGGCUACAUGGGUCUCUCAUUUGUCAUAGCAGUGGUUAAGACAAUUAUGAAGCUCAACUCUCCGAGAGAAAAAAAGCGCAGACUGGUGAACACAAAUGCUAUGUUGUGCAAGACAUUGGAUAAAUUAUUAGAGUCUAAGCCAGAUGAGCUAAACUAUGCGGCAUUGCAUCGGCUUAUGCGGAAGACUGGUUUUGGCAUGGAAGAGAUUCUAAGGAAGUAUAUUCGUUAUGCUUUGAAUGAGAAGCCAUUCAAUCCUGAUUUGGUGGCAAGCCUUAUUCAUCUCAGAAAAUCUUCAACUCUAGAAGAUGACAAAGUUUCAGAGGUUUUAAAUGAGGUUUCAAGACGCAUUGUAAAAGAAAAGGGUCCAGUUGUGAUGGAUACAGAAGGUUUUACUGAGAAGGGGAUACAGCGAAAAGUUGCUGUACAGGCCCUAUUUGCUAAAAUCCUCUAUCUAGCCGAGCUCGAUGAAUUUUGUUCAACAGCGCGGAGCUCACUUAGUAUCAAGGAAAUCUUUGGAGUAACUGAUGAAGAUGCAGAUGCUCUUAGGAUCGAGACAUUGUCUGAGGCAUCUGACAUGGAUUCCCUUGAGAAGAUGGUAGAAUUAUCUUCUGAAUCAGAUUCAGAGGAGGCUGAUGGAGAAAUUCGACAGUAAACAUUUCUCACUUCAAAAAAAUCAGAAAAGCCUUCUAGGUUGUUCACUUUACAAGAAUGUGAGUGCCAUAAAAUCAGAAGAUGGACCAGUGCAGGAGAUGUUAUCCAGGAAAUAAUUUGAUCAAAAGCCAGAUUUCUUUCCAGUAUGAAAACAUCCAAUACAGGACAAGGGAAGUUAUAUGAAUGGAAGCAUAUCCCGACUUCCCAAGUUGCGGUUAUUUAUUUUCUGUUGCUUUACUACACAAGAGAAGCAAGUGUACUAUUCAUUUUGUUUGCCUUUGCAAAUAUUGAGAAUUCAUCAUUCUUCAGUUAAAAUAAAAAAUACAUGGAGAUCUUUUCACCUGGUUUA